AUGGCCUGGGAGUUCCUGCCCCGCGCGCGGGAUGGCGGCCCGCGGGGCGCGGCGGCCGUGCCGACGGAGUCGUCCGCCGACGAGGACAGCGAGGACGAGCCCUUCGAGAAGUCGCCGCCGACGCCACGCGCCUGCUGCCCGCAUGGUUGCUGCAAGGCCGCCUUCUGCGUCUCGGCUGGCCUGUGGGCGGCCGCGCUGCUGCAGGCGCUGCGGGCGGCCUGGCUGCUGGCGCCGCCGGGCCCGAAGGCGCCGCCCGCGGCGGCCACCGGCAGCGCGGAUCACAGUCAGCUGGACAGCGCAGCACGCUGCCCCUGCGCCUGUGCUCCGGGCAUCAGCGGCCGGACAACGACCACAACCACGGUCGACCUGGUCGUGGUCACCACGACCACCACUUCGGCGGCGCCCCCGGGCGAGCACUCCGUGGCCGGCUGGCUCCGGGAG